AGCCUCUUAAAUAAUCAAGAGCUCGGACUUUACUUAUAAAUGGACAAUUGUAACAGCUCACAGACAAGGUACUAACAUUCUGAUGUUGAAAUGUCCCUUUAUAGUGAAUUUUUUUGUUUGCUUAAUAUCUAAAUGUAUAGUGAGCGAUGGUUACAACUUAACUUUUGAACUGGCAAUGUCAGCAAAGAGCUAAGCGUUCAGUUUCUAACCGUAUUUUUCUCACGCGACUCCAAGGUUGAUUAUGGACAAAUAAUAGCUAGUGAAAUUAAUUUGUUUCACAAGUUUAAAAAAAUGUAGUAUCGUGGGAGGCCGCCUGUAAACAGUUUGUUGUGGUGUGAGUACCAUGGUGACGCAGGGGUGGGUCUUUACUCUUUUUAGUUUAGCGGUGUUCAAGGCAACCGACCCUCGUUGCUGCUGGUACCAUCUUUCCACUUUCAUUCACUGUGUACAACCAAAGCUUUGUACGUGCACAUCUAAUCAGAGUAUCACACCCAGAGCGUCUGUUCCUCCCCACUGAAGAGUGAUCUGUGGUUGUACAUCCAGACUGUCACCAGCUGAAUUCUAGUCUAUAACCUUACUCUGCCAUGGCUUUCCAAGCGCUGCUUACUUCAGAGCCAGAGAAACUAGAAAUGAUGCAGAAGGUCCCCGUACCUGAUUAAGAAGGUUACUGAGAUCAGAGCUGAGACGUGAGGGAGGCAGCAGUUGGCAGAAAGGUGGAUGGAAAGAAGGAGGUGCACCACAGCAGGGGUUAUGUUCUGGACCCCUGCCCCAGACCGCACCUCACCUACAAGCACUGUGACGCCUGAGGAUACUGGGGAGGAGGAGGAUGAAGAGCGAGCCAAUCAAGACUUUGUUAGCCAGAUGGAUGAGAACGGUAUCAUCGGACUGUCAGAGGCACUGGAAGAAGCAGAAUUGGGGGAGACUUGUGAUGUUCUUUCUGAAAGUAAACCACCUGGGUGGGCUGGACCCUUUACCCCAGAGGAAGGAGACUGCAGUGGAUGUGUGAGGGAUAGACCAGCUGAGGAGCUGAGCUCCAGCCUGAGGGAUCCUCUGGACCACACUGAAUCAGCAGGAGAGGUUUCACAAGUUCUCCUGCCCUGUUAUAACAUAAGUGGCUUAAAAGCAUUAACAGAGGAUGAGCAGAGACAGGAGCACUUUUCUGAGGGGGUUAAAUGCCUGGACAUGACAGAGGAAGAGAAAUGCUUCACAUGGGAAGAGGCUGGAUCUAGAAAAGGACAAAACAAGCUAGUCAGCUCAAUCAGAUCUGCUGGAGUCUCCAACCAUCACUGCCCAGUACCUCAGUCUGCCUUAACUUCUGCUUGGCCUCAUCUUUUUCAUUUCACUGCUGAGGAAUUGGCCUCUGCUCCAGGAAUUGAAGCAGAAACCUUUCCAGAAAUGGACUUCACAGAAAGUCGUUCUGAGUCAUACUGCAGCCACACAAGCCUGAAGUCCAGUCCUCGCUGUCCAGAGAUGAAUCUCGGGGCUUCUCCACAGCCUGCAGCAUCACUGUCUGAACCUGUUGCAUCAAAUCACAACAGCAGGUUAAGUAAGCUGCCUGUUCCCUUACCAAGGAAGACAAAGCAGAACUCUCCCGAAUCUGCAUGUGCAAGGACUCUUUCCUGUAGCACAAACGUCUCCAAAUCCAAGCUGCAGAACAAGAGUUGUGACAUAGAGCCGAAGACCCCUAGAGUCAGGACUGAUGCUAUAGAAGAGGACGACAACAGGAAAGGAUCUCUGAGUUAUCACACACCGGAUUUCUCCAAGGUGGAGCCCAAAGUUAAUUUCCCUAAAUAUGGUUACAUGCCUCCCAAGAGCAGACUAACAUCUACGAGGAAGUCCCUGUCACCUGAGCCCCCAUUAGUGUUUAAAUCUCCAGCUGAGAUUGUGAAAGAAGUCCUUCUAAACACAGACGAGUCUUCCCUUCCAUCAGAUUCUAACACACCACAUGCGGAUGCUGUGAACUGUAUUGUGCCCCAGGAGUUCAGAUGCCAGGAGCAGGCCACCGCGCUGCUCGAACAGCUUCAGGAAGACUACAACAGACUGCUGACUAAGUACGCGGAGGCAGAGAACACCAUUGAUCGUCUGCGUCUGGAAGCCAAGGUAAGCCUGUACUCGGACCCUCCAGCAGCCGGCCACUUUGUACAUUCAGGACUGAACUUUAAUGCUUCAAAGUACCUGAAGCUGGAUUUUUCUCAGUCCCAGAGAGCUGAGAUCAACUCCACUUCUUGUCCAGAUGGGCACACUUCUCAUCAGGAGAGUGCAGACCCUGGUCCUUCCAGUAGAAGCCCUGGCCCUCAGCUGGGACAGCAGCUAACCAAUAUCCUCUUCAGUCAGACCGACAAGUUCCUCCAGCAGCUGCAGACUUUUGAGGAUCUCAUUAAGAGUGGAAAGCUCAAACCUCUUGAGAAAGUAAAGGGUCUGUCUCAGCUGGCUAAAGGGCUUAACUCGUUAGAGAGGGGCUACCUAUUAGCACAAGAUGAGCACAAACUCCUUCAGCAGAGAGGAGUAGAAACUUGCCGCUUUGACCCUGAAAGAGAGUUGGAGGGACUGAUCUUUCAGUGUGGCCUUCGUGUGGAUGAACUAAAAGAGCAGAUAGAGCAUAUACGAAAGGAGCACCCCACCUAUGAAGCUUCUCACUCUCCUGCACCUCAAGCCACCUCUUUAUCCAGCCUGUCUGAUGAAGGAGAAACACCAACUCAUUCACAGAGCUCGCCUGUGCCUUCGCUGGUUGAUCCUGGUGACGCAGAACAAGUGAAGAUGAGCUCAGCAAGUAAAGGGGGCAGUGAAGAGGAAGCAGAGGAUGAAGAAGCUCUUAAUUUACUCCACCCCAGACCUCAGAUAAACAACCACAGAUGUGUCAAAGUGCUUCACAUCAAGGAGGGUCACAAAGCUCCUCCCUCUGCAGCUUCAAAAACUGACAUACGGCAUGGGGGGGAGGAAGAAGAGCGGCAAGGUCAAAGAACAAGAAAGGAUGAAGUCCAGAAUACUCUCCCAAAGAGGAAUGUGAAAUCAGAUCAGGACCCUCCAGCAGGCACCAACAAACAGCGAAGCACCAGGUCCAGUCUUCCUUUACGCAACCAGUCCACCAUGCUCCCUGUGCUUCUUCGUCCCAGCAGAAAGAGCUCAAGGAGAGGAAAGUCCAACAGCAGCAGUCUGAGCAGCCUCGUAGAUUUUGAUACACCAGAGACAAAGAGCACCAAGGCUCGAACAGCGAGCAGGAGAGUUCCCUCUCAGGAUGGUAUAAUCUCUCCAGAGACGGACAGUGGCUUUGUUGGUUCAGAGGGUAGUCACCUGACUCCUCCAGCAGCUGCCAGCAUUCUCCACCAGGGGGCCUCAGAGAGCAUUUCAGGGGUUCACGAGGAAAGCUCCAGGAGACCUCAGGCAGGCCAAGCUGCUGCAGGAUGUCCUUUCUCCUCAUCAUCACCAAGUGACAUGGGUCAGGAGCCCAGAGUCGGCUCCAAGCAGGCAAGGAGAGCCAGACAGGAGCAGAGGAGACCCAGAUCAUCCUACUCUCUACAGGAGUGGAUCACUGAGGAAGAACAGAACAGAAUCGAUAGCGGAACCAGUGAGUUUAGACUGGAAAGUGUCAACGCUGUCAGUGGGUCUGAAGCAGAAUAUGCCAACUCCAUCAAUUCUGUCCUCAGCUCCUGCUCCAACUUCUCACCAGUCGCACGCUGUCGCCAUGGCGAUUCUCUGAGCGCACAGAGCCCUGCACAGGCUGUAAAUCAAGUGAUCCAUUCACUGCAGGCAGAGAUAACCUUGCUGAAGGAGAAACUGGAAAGCUGUCUGAAAAACAACAGAGCAACUCCUUCAGCUCAGAGCAGCUGCUCUCACUACACCACCCCAACACCUCGCAUCAGUUCUGGGCAGCAAUGGAGUGAUGCCAGUCAGGGAAAAAAAGAAAGUCAGACAGCUGAUGAGGUUGGAGAGGGAAGUGCAUUGAGACCAACAAGGAAGAGAUCUGCUUCUACAAAAAUGCAAAGAGCACAACAGGAUUUCUUGCCAGCGUCAAAUAUGGAGACCUCAACUUCACAACCUCAGCCUCAGUCUCAGGUGGCCAGAUGUACACAAACAUCUGCAGCACCAGAAAGCUGCUGUUCCCACACAAGCACCCUCCACAGCAGGAGAACACAGAACCAACCAGUUUGCAUCAGCAGCACCCACCCCUCCCCUUGCUGUCAUCGCUGUCCUCACUGUGGAUGCAGUGAACCUCACAGAUGCACUGAACCAGACCUUUACAAACAAGCCCCCCCCAAACACCCAAACUGCCAAGCAGCCGGGUCCCCUGACAGAGCCGGCAGAACAUACUUUGCAGCUGAAGAGGCACCUCCACCUGUGCAGUGCAUGACAGUGUGUCCACCUCAGCUCCUGUUGUACCCAUCACCUGUCAUCAUGUCUCCUCACAACAUCACAGAGACAUCCUCAGAGGCCAGGCGCCUUGUGGAGAGGAGGAGGAGACACUCGCUGUCGGUUGACAAGCGACGCUCCUUGGACGGCUCUCUGGACAGAGCCAUCAGAGCCGCUCAACAGAUGCAACACACCUCCGGACACAUGGCUCGCUCCCUGGCCCAAGGACUGCAGUAUCAGGAGCUCAACUGGCACAGCUGGCAAAUAAGCCUGUAAACACUGCCAGGAUUAAAAAAAAGACUGAGUGCAGGACCAAAAUGAAUAAAGACCUAAAAUCCUC